AUGACGCGCGUGGAGACGCGAUUCCCACCACAAACAGUAACAGUCAAUUCGCGAACAAAACGUGCUAAUUUUUGUCGAUUCCUGUCUGUUAUAGCGUUUGCUACGCUUUUAGCUGUGACAUACUUUCUAAUUAGAAGACCUAUUGACUCUCUAGGCGAUCCUUCAGAUCAAUAUACUGUUAAGAAUAUUCCCAAAAUCUACACGAAGUUGGAAGGGGUUGAUCCCGAAGAAAGGGACGUGUUUCAAGGGUUCCGCACGUCGUUCCUGCCGCCUGAAGAGUUAGUGCUUGCUCGUUCUAAUGCAAAAUCGAAGCGAGAAGUAUACGAGGGUAAUGUGACCAGUGAUAUUUUGAUAUGGGGCUCUUCAGGCAAGCAGCAUGGGACGCCGACCCGGGUGAAGCGAAUGAGUCAUUUCACAUUUACUUCACAAGAUUAUGACCAAGAAAGACAUUUGAGAAAUAAAGAAGAAGUCGGGGAAGCCGAUGACGAAGGAAAUGAGAGUGAGAGUGAAGUUGAUGAAGAGUACGACUCCAGCGACCAGUAUGACGAGGACGAUGGUAUUGAUAGCAUAGUCCGACCGGGGAUGCACGUGGAUCGAGGGCCAUUGGACGACGUGGUGGAACAAAUCCGCGGCCAACCAGAGCUGGAGGAAGGCGAGAUGAUCUCCUCAGCACAUAUUUACAAACCUUCCCAGUCUUAUGCAGGUAUUCAUGCUUUCUGGAAAGGUCAAGGAGAUAGAAACCAAAUCAGAAAUACACAAGCCAAGAUAAUGAAACAAUACAUGGAUGCGGAGGCAGACCCGUGUCAUGACUUCUAUCAGUACGCAUGCGGUAACUGGGCUGCACUCAACCCCAUACCAGCCGACAAAGCAGGGUACGAUACCUUUGAAAUGCUCAGGGAAAAUUUAGAUACUGUUCUAAAAGAUUUAUUGGAAUUCAAAAGGAAGGACAAAAUACCGUGCAAGUAUCCAGGAUCUCAUUUAGAUCUAGAUGAUAACUUUUUGCUAACUUUGAACCCUAUACAUAAAAGAUCUAAAUUGCAUUUUUACUCCCACACCGAAGAUUUAGAUGUAGUGGAGUCACAUUCCAAAGAUUUCUUUAAUAACACUCAUCAGGCCUCCUAUACUAGCGAUAAGGAAAAAGAAGAAAUUGUUAACCGAAUUCGAAGAUAUUUGGAUAAAAAAUCCAAAGAGGUAAUGAAACCAAUUUCCAAAUUCAAAACCAAAUUUAGAAAAUACAUGUCUCAGAAUCAUAAAAGAGAAAGAGUGAAAAGAGCAACAAACAAGUCUGAGAAUGAUCCUAAAACGACAGUGUUUAGAAGGAAGUUUAUGAUUAAAUCCAAAGAAAUACGAUAUGGUAGAAAGUUAAUGUCUUACAGAAGUAAAUUAAAAAUCCGAAAAGAAAGAGAAACCACUGUGGUUAAAGAAUGGAGCACAACAAAAACGUCAAAAAUAGAAGUUGAAGUUGAAUCAGUCACAGAUCCAUCAAAGCCAAAAAUUGAGACAGUUACCAUUAAUUCCACUAAAACAGAAGGUAAAGUUGAAGCGCAAACUCUUCUUCCAACAAAAGCACGACCAAAUGAUGAUCCCGCGCAUGGGGAUGCUGCGAUGAAAGCGAGAUUCCUCUUCAAGUCUUGCAUGAACUAUGAAAUCUUACAAAAACGUGGUCAUCAACCUCUACUGGACCUAUUAGACCUCCUUGGAGGAUGGCCGAUCCUAAAGCAUGAAUGGAAUGCCAGUCGUUUUGAUUGGCUAGAAUUAAUGGCAAAACUUAGACUUUAUAAUAAUGAUAUUCUAAUAUCGGAAUGGGUUGGACCCGAUAUCAAAAAUUCCGAUGAAUUCGUGAUACAGUUUGAUCAAACAAGUCUAGGAUUACCAACACGAGAUUAUUUUCUCCAAGAUUCAAAUCAAGUAUAUUUGGAUGCUUACAAGAAUUAUCUGGUUAAAAUUGCAAUACUGCUUGGAGGUGAUCCAGAUCAUGUUAAAAUAAGUGCAGAUCAAUUAAUUGAAUUCGAAAUAAAAUUGGCAAAGAUUACUUCAGCACCAGAAGACAGACGAAAUGUGUCAGAGCUGUACCGUAGAAUGCCAUUGCGGAAAUUGGAAGAGCUGGUUCCUCAAGUACGGUGGAGACGAUACUUGUGUGUGGUGAUGAACAGAACCGUGGACCCCAAUGAAACUGUUGUUCUGUUUGCUCUAUGUUAUGUCAGGCAUUUAGUUAAAUUGAUAAAAGAGACUGAACCGAGCACGUUGGCAAAUUACCUGCUCUGGAGAUUCGUGAGACACAGGGUCAACAACCUCGACGACAGAUUUCAGUCUGCCAAGCAACAAUUCUAUUUCAUUCUUUUCGGACGUGAACAAGCUCCGCCACGAUGGAAGAACUGCGUAUCUCAGGUCAAUUCCAAUAUGGGGAUGGCACUAGGUUCUAUGUUUGUACGAAAAUACUUCGACGAAAUGAGCAAAAACGAUACUUUGUACAUGACAAGAGAAAUACAGCAGUCUUUCAGAGAACUGCUCCAUAUGACAGAUUGGAUUGAUGACAAGACAAAGAAACUAGCUGCACAUAAAGUAGACGCUAUGAUGCUUAGAAUAGGGUACCCAGACUUCAUACUGAACAAGAAGGAAUUAGACGAUAGAUACAAGGAGGUCAAAAUACACCCGGAUAAAUAUUUUGAGAAUAUUUUAAAUAUUCUUCAGCAUUUGACAAAGAUGGAACAAGCUCGUAUUGGUCAACCAGUAAACAAAACGCUAUGGAACACCGCCCCAGCUGUAGUCAACGCCUAUUAUAGCCGAAACAAGAACCAAAUUAUGUUCCCAGCGGGGAUACUGCAACCACCGUUUUAUCAUCGACAUUUCCCGAGGUCACUGAACUAUGGUGGAAUUGGAGUUGUUAUUGGUCACGAGAUAACGCACGGGUUCGACGACAAGGGUCGUCUGUUCGACUGUGACGGUAACCUCCACCGCUGGUGGUCAGACACUGCGAUCGAGGCCUUUCACCGGCGUGCGCAGUGCCUCAUAGAUCAGUACGGGCGAUACGUGGUGCCCGAAGUCAAUAUGAAGCUAGAUGGUGUUAAUACACAGGGUGAGAACAUAGCAGACAACGGUGGCGUGAAGCAAGCGUUCCGAGCGUACUUGCACUGGGUGCAGCGACACGGAGUCAAGGGCGAGACCCUGCCCGGCCUCAACCACACACACACGCAGCUGUUUUUCCUCAACUUUGCUCAGGUAUGGUGUGGUGCAAUGCGUCCGGAAGCGAUGCGCAACAAGUUGAAGACAGCGGUGCACUCACCGGGCCGAUUCCGAGUUAUCGGCACUCUGUCCAACUCACACGAUUUCGCAAGGGAGUUCCAGUGCCCUCCCGGGUCACCUAUGAACCCAAAACACAAAUGUACUGUUUGGUGAUUGAAAUCAUCAUAGAGAACAUAGUGACGGUUUUGAAUCGCUGCUUAAAAUACGAAUGUCUUCUAAUGAUCAUCUUAUGAGGUUUUGUGCAACAACAGUCGGCUUGAUGAAAUAUAUUUGAAUAAUUUAAUCACCCCUUGACUUAUCCGCUUUCAGAUAAAUAUACGCGCGAUCACUGUAAUCAAUAAGUUAUAAUUUAUGCAAGCAGUCGUAGCUUAUCGAUUCAUGAUUUGCAAAUAAUGAAAGACACGUAACUGAUUAACAUUGUGCUACGCUUCGUAGCGGUUGUGCUACGAAGUUUGACUACGUGGCUACGACGCUAAAUUUUGUCGCUAUCAAUGUACUUUUACGAAUUUACUAUUAACUUCGAAUUAAUCGUGUUUAUCUUUAUUUUAAUAUAUAUAUUUUAGAUAAAAUGUAUUGCUGAGUGUAAA